AUGUCCACCCUCCCAGCCAACUGGCACAUCCCCCUCGUGCAAUGGCUCCUCAUCCAGCCCCUCGCCGGCAUCGUGGUGGCCUUCACCGCGCCGCGCGCCCCCGCGCGCCCCGCCACCGCCCUCCUCCUCAUCGCGCUGGCCUACUCCAUGCAGCGCAGCGCGCAGCUCUACUACGGCGGCACGCGGUUCGGCGCCCCGCUGAUCUCGAUGUGCUGGGUGAACGUGCUGAACGCGGUGGACCUGCUCGUGCUGAGCCGGGUGUCGUUCGAGGCGCAGAAGCUGUGGGAAUUCGCCAAGUACGCGCGGGCGAAUGGGUCGCUUGCGAAGCAGCCGCACUCACCCAACCCAAAACAACAACCAGAACAGACACAGAAAGAGUCGGCAUCAAGUGCAAGACUCGCCCGACUGCGCUGGGCCCUCAACAUCGCCUUCAAUUACCGGCGCAUCGACACGCCGUGGGAGAUUCGGGGUUUGCCGCGGUUCGACGACGCAGUCCCGGGGUAUGUGCCGUCGCGGGCCCGGUUUCUGGGUCGCGCGGGGGUGAAAGUGGCCAUUGCGGUUGUCGUGAUCCAGGGGUGUACGAUGGAGACCGACGAUAAGAAUCUGGGCAAGGCGGUUGCGCUGCUGCCGGAGGCGCGGGAGGCGCUUUGUCCGUGGGCGAAUGGGGCGAUGGCGGCUGGGUGGGAGGAGUUCGGGCGGAGGAUGCUCGUGCGCGCGCUGUUUUGUCUCUCGUUUGGGAUCGUGGGCCGCGCGACGAUUAUCGCUUCGUAUAAUGUCUUCGCGAUCGUGGCGGUGGGGUUGGGGUUGGAUGAGCCGGUGAAGUGGCCGCCUGUCGCUGGGUCGUUGUGGGAGGGCUGGUCUAUUAGGCGCUUCUGGGGGAUAACGUGGCACCAGACCUUCCGCCAGCUGCUGACCGCCAACGCGGACUUCUUGCUCGCCCUGAUGCGGAUAUCGCCCAAGGGGCGACUGGGGUGGACCCUCCGGGCCCUGCUUGCGUUCACGGUAUCAGGGGUCAUUCAUCUCUUCAUGGACGUGGGGUUCGGGGUGCCGAUGGCCAAGAGCGGCGCCUUGUGGUUCUUCUGUUUGCAGAUUGUAGGAGUCGUGAUUGAGAGCAUUGUGCGGGAUCUCUUCCAGCCACUGCGGGCUCGGAUGAAUCCCGGUGUCAAGAGGGUUAUCGGUUAUGUCUGGGUAGCGCUGUUCAUGCUGUGGACGGUGCCGAUUUGGAUCAACCCCAUCUUGAUCCAGUUGUACAGCGAUGGAGUCCGGAUGAUGUCGCCCUUUUUGUGCUUCGGGAGUUGGGAGUCCUAGAAUCUAGAUUUAGAGCAUAGAGACUGAUAGACAGC